AUGCAUUUUUUCAAAUUAUUCGUUAAGAGAUUUGCAAGGCACGUGAAACUUUUCCCGAGAAAUAAUCCUAGUCAGUUGCUUAAUAGAAAACAUUUAAAGAAAUAUAAAAAAAAUGUUUUUCUUAAAUUUCUACCAAUUUCUACAUCUAACAAAAGAUAUUAUUCCCAUAAGUUCGACUAUAGCAGGGAUUCGAAAAGCAUAUAUAAGGUGAUUUUAGGAGCAGCACUUUCUGGUUCCCUAUUCGUAUAUUUACUCAGAAGUGUCAAAGUUGUUCCAGGUGAAUAUAAAAAGGGAUUGCCGGAUUAUACAAUAGAAGAGGUCGCUAAACAUAAAACAAGAGAUACACGAGUAUGGGUAACAUUUCAUAAAGGUGUGUACGAUAUCACUGAUUAUCUUAAUGUUCAUCCUGGUGGUGCAGAUAUACUCAUGAUGGCUGCUGGUGGACCAUUGGAUCCCUAUUGGGAAAUUUACACACAGCAUCUUAUUGACAGUACAUACGUAAUUUUAGAAAAAUAUCGAAUAGGAAAUUUAAAAUUGUCACCCCCUACGCCCAAAAAAGUUUGCUAUGCUCCACCAGCGGGUCUUCCUUUUGAUAAUGAACCUACAAGAGACCCGAGAUUGAUUCCGGUCACUGAGAGGCCAUUUAAUGGAGGACCUAAAUCAUCUUUACUUGUAGAGGAUUUUCAUACCCCAAAUGAUAUAUUUUAUAUAAGAAAUCAUCUACCAGUACCUAGAGUAUCUGCUGAAGAUUUCAAACUAACAAUCGACGUUGAAGGUGCAGGUUCAAAGACUUUUAAUUUAGACGAAAUUAAGCAAUUACCACAUAGAACCGUUACAAUCACAGCUCAAUGUGGAGGAUUGCGAAGGCAAGAAAUGACGGACAAGCUGAGAAAAGACACUCAAGGUGUAAAGUGGGAAAUAAACGGUGUAGGCAACGCAACGUGGACUGGUGUAGCGCUAAUAGAUGCAUUAAAAGCAGCUGGUUACAACGAGUCGACACAUACGGAUCUAGAGCAUCUUCAGUUUACUAGUUAUCAUUCAGCAGGAGGCCCAUACGUAACCGGAAUUCCUAUUCACAAAGUUUUAAAUCCCAAGAAUAAUAUUAUGCUAUGUUGGGAGAUGAACGGCCAAGAGCUGACACCAGAUCAUGGGUAUCCAUUAAGAAUUAUAGUUCCUGGAGUUAUUGGUGCAAGAUGGGUGAAACAAAUAGAGAAAAUUGAAGUUCGAAAAGAAGAAUGCCAGUCACAUUGGCAUCAACAGCUCUACAAAUAUUUUGGCCCUCAUGUAACCCUGGACAAUGUAGACUAUUCAUCGCUAUCACCUGUGCAAGACCUACCAGUCAUGUCAGCUAUAUUAAGCCCGUCUGAUCAAGAAACUGUUGUUAUUUCAGGAAAUAAACUGCCAGUAAAAGGUUUUGCCUACUCGGGAGGAGGGAAUAAAAUUGUUAGAGUAGAAGUUAGUAAUAACAAAGGAAAAACGUGGAUGCCAGCCAAACUAGUUCAUACGGGAUCAGAUCCUGUUCCUUAUCAUUUUACUUGGGCUCUUUGGUCAUGUGAUGUGCCGACAGAUGGAAAGAGAUGUAUUGAAAUAUGGGUGAAAGCUACUGACUCCGCAUGUAAUGUCCAACCCGAAAACUGGGAACACAUCUACAACAUCCGAGGUGUGGCAUGUACAGCCUUCCACAAAAUCAGAGUUAACCUGAAAUAA